AUGGCUACUGAGCAGACUUACAUUAUGAUCAAGCCCGACGGCGUGCAGCGCGGUAUUGUCGGAGAGAUCAUCAAGCGCUUUGAGAACCGUGGCUACAAGAUUGCAGCGCUCAAGAUGGUGCACGCCUCUGAGGAGCACCUCGAAAAGCACUACAAGGACCUCAAGGGUAAGAAGUUCUUCCCCGGCCUUAUCAAGUACAUGGCUUCCGGCCCCGUCGUCUGCAUCGUCUUCGAAGGCAAGGACGCCGUCAAGACCGGCCGUGUCCUUCUCGGCGCCACCAACCCGCUCGACUCUGCCCCCGGAACCAUCCGUGGCGACUUCGCCAUCGACGUCGGUCGCAACGUCUGCCACGGCUCCGACAGCGUCGAGAGCGCUAAGGCCGAAAUCGCCCUCUGGUUCGGCGAGCAGAACCCCACCAUCCAGUACACCCGCGCCGUCGACUCCUGGAUCUACGAGUAA